UCAAGCUAUCUCUGCAGCGAGGGUUAACCAAUAAUCGUCCAUUCGUGCUGUGCGAGCACGGAUCCCUUUUGAGUGGCACAUGCAUCGCUGUGUUUGUGUUGUCUAGUGUAGGCGUAUAGCACGGUUGUUGUGCCACUACCGAUUUUAAAUUAAAAGCCAUUACGCUUUCCUACACCGCACGGCUCAGUCACCCACCCACUCACUCACUCACUCACUCAUUCAGAACGAAAGCCCCAGCAAGCUCAGCUCAGCUCAUCAGCUGCUCACAGUCUCACACCCACAGCCACAGACCACAGUUCACGCCGCGGUCAGCCAUGAGCAAGGACGACAAGCACCACCGCCACGAGCACCACCUGCGUCGGUGCUGCGGGUGCAUGGCGUCGUGCCUGCUGGCGCUGGUCCUCGUCGUCGCCUUCGUCGCGCUGGUCAUCUACCUCGCGCUCCGCCCCUCCAAGCCCUCCUUCUACCUGCAGGACCUGCAGCUCCGGCGGCCCAUCUCGCUGGGCGACCCGUCGCUGACGGCGUCGGCGCAGGUGACGCUGGCCUCCCGCAACCCCAACGAGCACGUCGGCAUCUUCUACAAGCGCCUGGACGUGUUCGUGACCUACCAGAACGAGGCCGUGACGGUGCCCGUGUCGCUGCCGCCGCAGUACCAGGGCCACCGCGACGUCACCGUCUGGUCCCCCGUGCUGUCGGCCGAGUCCGUGCCCGUCGCCGGCUACGUCGCCGACGCCCUCAAGCAGGACGUCCACGCCGGGUUCGUCGCGCUGCAGGUCAAGGUCGACGGCCGCGUCAAGUGGAAGGUCGGCAGCUGGGUCUCCGGGAGCUACCACCUCUUCGUCAGCUGCCCCGCCGUGCUCUCCGCCGGCUACCCCGGCGUCGUCGGCGGCGGCAACAACACCGUGUCGUCGCUCAAGUUCGCGCAGCCCACGGGAUGCGCCGUCGAGGUGUGAGUGUGAUGUCAUCCACUGAUGAGUGAUGAUCCACUUGGUUGCCAAGUGCAAUUUCAUCUUUGGGUACUCGCCGUUAAUUACGUUGUUAAUUUUGUCCAUGUCUCAUUCCCAUUCUCAUUCUCUUGUGGGAGAAUAAAUUUCUGAUAUAGCUGUUCAAAAACUUGAAGUCAAUUGUACCAACAUGUAUUAAUUUCUGUGUAUUUGCUUUAUUUCGUCCUUUUAUCUAUACCUAUCUAUAAAGAGCCAAAAUUUCAGUCUGCCAA